AUGUUUUCUUCUUCCGCUGGCGGCAAGAAGCCGCCCCCGCAGCAGGAGAUGGUGCAAGUUGACAGGUCCGAUGCUGCUACGCCGUUCUGGCGCGCCCCUCAGCGAGAGACCCCGCCGCCUCCCAAGAAGACAACAAACCGCGACACUGGUCUGGUGGUUGGCGCUUCUUAUUCUCAUGCCGACAUGCUCAGAUUCGACACAUUAAAUGUGUCUGGGCGUCCGAGAACUCCACCACCCGCAUCUUCGGCGAUACACAGCAGCCACCCGGGCCGAAGCUCGACAACAUCUCCGCCAGCAAAGACCAUCUCCGGGCUCUCGUCGCCCCCUCUCAAGUCCUACAUGAACUUCCUCUCCAAGACCAACGAUGACUGGAACGUCGACGAGGCCGACGAAAUGUACGGCUACGACGACGACGAUGGAGACGACUUUGGCCUCCCCAGUCUGUCAAACAUGAAGAGGCGCACAAAGCGGAUAGAAGCACAGAACAAGUCAGGCGCUGGCAGUGCGCUCUCGCCCGACGACGGCGACGACGGUUUCGGUGGCCUGCACAUGCGGAGGUACUCGGACAGCGCCGACAUUGCCAUUGAGCGGCCCGUUUCCGCGUACCCUUUGCCAAAGAAGAACGAGGGCAAAAUACUUCGGCCCCAAUACAAGGAGAUCCUGCGAGACCCUGCAAAUGCGCUGCAUCUGAUUAAUCACCCCUCAGUGCCAGCGAAUGCCCUCCCCAAAGAGGUCGACGCUAUUAAUUCUAGGAUAACGAGGAUAAAUAAGUUCAAAAAGAUUCUGCAGGCAUCCACCAUACCCUUGUCGGACCUCCGGGCGCUGGCGUGGUCCGGCGUGCCAGAGGAGGUGCGCGCCAUGACAUGGCAGUUGCUGCUUAGCUAUCUACCCACUAGCAGUGAGAGGAGGGUAGCGACGCUCGAGAGGAAACGAAAGGAGUACCUAGACGGCGUGCGGCAAGCCUUUGACAAGGGAGGCGGAGGUGGAGGAGGGGGCGCCGGUGGCACUCCUACUAUCGGCAGCAAGGGAGCUGCAGUUCGGGGCCUGGACGAGGCCGUGUGGCACCAGAUCAGCAUCGACGUGCCGCGGACCAACCCGCAUAUUGAGCUGUACGGCUACGAGGCGACGCAGCGGUCGCUAGAGCGCAUCCUAUACGUGUGGGCGGUACGGCACCCGGCAAGCGGUUACGUGCAGGGCAUCAACGACCUCGUGACACCCUUCUGGCAGGUCUUCCUGGGCACCUACAUCACGGACCCAGACAUUGAGAGUGGCAUGGACCCCGGCCAGCUCCCUAGGGCAGUGCUGGACGCCGUGGAGGCCGACUCGUUCUGGUGCCUGACCAAGCUGCUCGAUGGCAUCCAGGACCAUUACAUUGUCGCGCAGCCGGGCAUCCAGCGCCAGGUCGCCUCCCUGCGCGACUUGACAGCGAGGAUAGACGCCGGCCUGGCCAAGCACCUCGAGAAGGAGAGCGUCGAGUUCAUCCAGUUUAGUUUCCGGUGGAUGAACUGUCUGCUGAUGCGCGAGAUUAGCGUUAAGAACACGAUCAGAAUGUGGGACACGUACAUGGCCGAAGAGCAGGGCUUCUCCGAGUUUCACCUCUACGUGUGCGCCGCGUUUUUAGUGAAGUGGUCCGACAAGCUGGUCAAGAUGGACUUUCAGGAGAUCAUGAUGUUCCUCCAGUCGCUGCCCACGCGCGAGUGGACCGAGAAGGACAUUGAGCUGCUGCUCAGCGAGGCCUACAUCUGGCAGAGCCUGUUCAAGGGGUCCUCGGCCCAUCUGCGAGGGCCCGCGAGCCGGAACCCCUCGGCAAAUUUCCAGCUGUGA